AACACACUGCUGUCAUGCAAAGAAAAGUGAUGAUAGAGGAAGUAUUUUCGGUCGUAAAGUUAAGUUUGUUUCCAUGUUGGAGUUGGCCUCUGCCAAAAGAUGCUACAAAAUUUCAAUUGCUCUCUGUGAAACUGUACUACUGUUUGUGUAUAAUUGUGGAAAUAAGCUUAAUACCACCGUUGAUAUAUGGUAUCAAAAAUAAUCUUGAUGAUCCUACAACCUUAGUACAACAAGUUCUUGUAAUGAGCAGCCUUCUUCACACCAUUUCUAACUUUAUUUUUUAUAUGAUUAAUUACCAUCGUAUACAGAAUGUUACUUUUGAGAUGAUACAUUUUACCAGCUUCAUGAAACCACAUGAAGAAGUUUUAAUUCAACGAUACAUUGACAAAUGUGUGGUGUAUCAUGGUAUAUCUAUAUUUAUUUUCUAUUCGAUUACAUUAAUAACUCUAGCAAUACCUUUUGUAACGGAACAGACAUUUCCAAUACUAGCCAAAUAUCCAUUUGAUGUGUUUUAUCAACCGCUAAAAACAGUAAUCUAUAUAAAUCAAUCUAUGGCCGGAAUAUUGGUAUCAGGACAACUAUGUACGAAUAUUUAUAUGGCCCUGUUGCUCUGGUUUGCAUCGGCAAGAAUUGAGAUACUAAGCACAGAAUUUGAGAGAGUUACAAAUAUCUAUGAGAUGUACAAGUGUAUUAAAAAACAUCAAGAAUUACUGGAAUAUUCAACAGAAGUUGCUCGUGUUGCUCGUCCUUUCGUGUUUGCAUCCGUAUGUUGCAGUAUAACUUCCAUAAUAGCAAGUUUUCUGUUGUUUAUUACGAAACAGCCUACAGUAAUACUAAUACAGUAUUUCGGAUUAAGUGCGGCAUGUAUAUCAGAAGUAUUUAUGUAUAACUGGCCAGGAGAACAUUUGAUGUUUACGUGCCAUGACAUCGGACAAGUAGUGUUCUCGAAUAUUCUCGAAAACAGUCAUCUAACUAAUUUCAUUGAUAUAUGGAAAUGUCUACAAAUUAUUAUAAUGAGAAGUCAAAAACCAGUAAAGAUUUCAAUACCUUGUUUUAUACCCGCAUUAUCUCUUAAUUAUUUUACAUCGUACCUUUCUACUAUAUUCUCCUAUUUUACAACACUGCGAGUGAUGAUGAACGACAAUAAUUAAAUGUAAACUACAUAUGCACUGAAAAUAUUUGCUUUACACGAGUAAUGUUUACACAGAAAACAAUUUCUCUGUUGUGACGUAUAGUUAAUUAUUAUAAUUUAUUUUACAUGUUACAAUAUCUUUUGAUUCUAUUCUUGUAUCUUACAAAAUACUGCGCGUAAUAAUAGAUAAUACUCAAUAUUUUACAUAAACAAUUAUCUAAUAUUUGUAUGAAGAAAAGUUGUUGUAUUACGUUCACGCGCACUUAAAAUUGAUACAACCAAUUAAUACCGAUAAUAUUGUCAAUUAAUUGACAAUAUUAAUUAAUAAUAUUAACAUUAUUGCCGUGACCCUGUGGAGUCGGUCGUGAAAAUGAUACUACGUUUUACGCCUCAUAUGCAUAAAAUUGUAUAAUAUGGUGAUAUAAUAAAAUGAUAUAUA